AGUUCAUGGCGUGACAAUGCCGGGUGUUGAUAAAAUGAUAGUUUAUGUUUUACACCUACACAAAAUUAAUGAAUCUUACAAUAAUUAAAUACCUAUCGUUGCUGCUCACCUGGCUUCAGAAUUGAUUAAACAAUGCAAGAAUCGAUAAAUGCUGAUUUGAUCCGCAUCAGUGCCUCGUUAGUUGGACUCGGAGCUAAGUUUCAAAGAUUUGAAUCCUGCGGUCACUGAUAUCUGUAUUGAGAGCAAAAGAUCUCUCUGCAACUAUAACAGAUUAUUCGAGCAGAUACAUCUGAUGACAUUGUAACACACUUCAGUAUAAUGAGCUUUAAAAUCUACUUUGCUGGGAGUAUCCGAGGUGGUCGCCAGGAUGCUGCGCUAUAUGAACGUAUAAUUAAACAACUACAACAGUAUGGCCAUGUCUUCACAGAGCAUGUUGGAAAUCCAGACCUUGAGAAAGGAGAAGUAGAUAUAACAGACAAACAGAUUCAUGACAGAGAUAUGAACUGGAUGCAAGAAUCUGAUGUCCUUGUGGCAGAAUGCACUCAACCAUCUCUAGGUGUUGGCUAUGAGAUUGGGCAGGCUUUUGCACUCAACAAGAAAAUUCUUUGUCUGUUUCGUCCAGAUUCUGGGAAAUCGCUAUCAGCAAUGAUUCGAGGAGCAGAAAAUGGCACCUCAUUUGUUGUUAAAGACUAUAAGGAAGGAGACAUCCCAGACUUGCUAAAGAACUUUUUCUCAAACCUUUAAGGAAACAAUUGCUGACCUGGCAUAAUUAAGAUUAAAUGAUAUGCCACAUCUCUAA